CUUCUAUCUAAUAAGCUCUUCAUUCUUCAGAAAAUAUAAAUUCCAUGGAGUCCAAUAUAAAAUUCAACCUCCCUGCUAAUGAUGUUGAGCAGCCAAGUGCCCUAGAGCUCGAGAAAACUCUGGAAAAUGAUGCCUUUGAUUACUCUAAACGAUCACAAUGGCUACGAGCUGCGGUCCUAGGUGCCAAUGAUGGACUUGUCUCCACGGCGUCAUUGAUGAUGGGUAUUGGCGCUGUUAAACAAGAUAUCAAGGCCAUGAUCCUCACGGGAUUUGCUGGUCUUGUGGCCGGAGCUUGCAGCAUGGCCAUCGGCGAGUUUGUGUCCGUGCACUCGCAGUUGGACAUAGAGUUGGCCCAAAUAAAGAGGGACAGGGAAGGAGGGAGUGAAGAGGAAGGAAAGGAAAAGGAGGAUUUGCCAAACCCGUUUCAGGCGGCAGCAGCCUCAGCCCUUGCAUUUUCUGCUGGUGCAAUGGUGCCGCUUUUGGCUGCUUCUUUCCUAAGGGAGUACAAGGUGAGGCUAGCUGUGGUGGUCGGUGCAGUGAGCUUGGCUCUUGUGUUGUUUGGGUGGUUGGGGGCUGUUUUGGGGAAGGCGCCGCUCCUGAGGUCAUCCGUGAGGGUUCUGGUGGGUGGGUGGGUGGCCAUGGCUAUUACCUUUGGGUUAACCAAAUUGAUUGGAUCAAGUGGGCUUUAACUAAUUAAUUAGUUAAAGUGAUCCUUAAAUCAUGCUGUAUAUAUGUACCUGUACCGGUACAUAUAUGUUUGAUUUAAAUUAAUGUAACGGUAGGUCGCAGCUAGCAGGCAUGUUUGCUCGCAUGGGAUGAAGGUGGAUGAAUAAGAGCAUUAAGAAACAUAUAUACAUAAUUAGGCUCUCGUUUUGCACUGCCCUUUUACUUUUACAACCAAAACAAAUUGUGGCUGGAUGCAAUUAUUGAGUGAAAAAUCAAUUAUUGAGUUCUAAUAGAGUAUCAAGAAAGGUUAAGAGUUUGAGAUUUUAAAUUAAAGGAUUUGAAUACAAACCUUGAUAUUGGUGGAGAGAAAUUAAGGGAAUUAGAAAGUUAUUUUUUAUUGUAUAGUUUAUUAUAUAACAUACAAAGAAAAAAUAUCAAUUAUUGAGCACUAUGAUAUGCACAAAGUGUCCUGAGAUAACAUAUACGUAAGAACAAUUAACUUUCCAAUUCAAGAGCCAGACAUGAGAGUAGUGAAGCAAAAAGGGAUACUUACUAAUGGCCCUUUUUCACGGUGGAUUCCAUAUCUCUUUUGAUAUAAAGGAGCAAUGAGCCUUUUGUUAGUGGAAUUUAAAGCAAUACAAACUUACAAACUUGGCUUUGAUAUGCUCCCUCCUCGUUAGGCGCUGGGCCAUGGCAGUGUUGCUGUUGCAUGCAUGGUGCAUUGAACAUUAUAUGGCAACCUAAGAUAAAUAUAAAUAAAUAUAUAUAUACAUAGAUAUAUAUUAAGUUCAUGUUUCAUUGAGAGAAUCACUAUGUCCUAAUUCACUCCAUUUGUGAUCUCAACUAAAGUUUGGGGUG